UCUAAUGUUGAAAGGUUUGGUCAUUGAAUUUAGAGGUUUUGCUGGGGCCUGGCAAGAAUUACUUCUAGGAUCAGAUUUUUUUUUAUUUUUUGCUUCACUGUUGGUCUGUGAUCCUGUUUAGCAACAUCUGGGGGACUGUUUUCUGGCCUGCUAAGAAGUGAACCUGUAGGAGGAUAUAGUGAAUGGGACUAAACCAAAUUGUAAUGAGAUCCAGAGCUUCUGUUUGGAGUGCAAGUCGUUUUAUUUCCCUUUAACAUUUUAUCUCUUAUGCUUUUCGUCUUUUCCUUUCAGAAAGAGUGUUUUAAUUGGUUCACAUAAGACACCUAAAGUAUUUGCGCUUGUUUAGAUGUGAUAUUGUAAAUAUAAUGCUCACUUCCACUCUUCUCCUCUGCCUCCUCCCCUUCUGUAAAGCCUUUACUGACUUCUUGCCCCUCACCACAUCUGAGAAGCAUAUGGUGGAAAAAAAGUUUCCUCUCCUAUAUUCCCCAUUUAGAAAGCCCCACAGAACUUAGGUUGCUUGAGGGGUGCUGCAAGAACAAACUUAGGCGAGACAAGAACAACAAGAAGAGAAAAGGGAAAGGUUUAGGACAGAAAUAGUUGAGAAAAUCAUUAAUCACAUGGAGCUCAAAUGCAAAAAUAUGCAGCAAGAAAGAAAAAAAGGGCAGUUGAAAGUAGAUAGAAAAAAAUAAAAGAGGGCGUGGGGGAUGGGGGGCAGGAGGUAACAUAAAGCCAACUGGCAUAGUUUGACUUAUUCAGUUCAGCUCUAAAAGUCUGAGGCAGUCUGGGCUCCAAACCACACAGACCUAGAUCCUUCCUGCAUGCUCCUUGCAGCACUGGGUUGUAGUAAAAGAAGGAGAGCAUGCAGUGCAGUUAAAAGCCAUUGUUUUGAUUAUGUGUUGGUGCUUCAUAGCAUAUAUUCAGUUCUGUUAGACAUCAAAUGUAAGAUCUCAACUACAAUGGGUCUGCAGAAUGGAGAAUCAUAUUGAUUUCUACAAACAUUUCACUUGGCUCAGAAAGGCAAACCUCACCUUAAACAACAGCAGUGAGUCCUAUCAAGAUAGGUUAUCACGUCUGGAGGGAGACAAAGAGUCACUAAUUCUGCAGGUGAGUGUGCUGACAGACCAGGUGGAGGCUCAAGGGGUGAAGAUCCAUGAUUUGGAAAGUUCUUUGGUGGAGCAUCAACACAAACUCAACAGUACAGAAGAGAUGCUACAGCAGGAACUCGUGCAUAGGACGUCACUGGAGAAACAGAAGCUGAAUCUUAUGGGGGAGGUCUCUUAUCUGAAACUGAAGCUGGCAGACAUGGAGGGAACGCAGGUUCAUGGGGCAGAGAGGCAGCACAAAGCUGAGACUGUAGUGAAUUUCAUUAGUGAACUGCAGGAGCAGAUGUGUCAAUUUCAGAAGGAGAUCAAUAGCAAGAUCCAGGAGAAAAAGGCCUUGGAGAUUUCGGCUGACAGCAGAUUUCCAGUGGUGGGCCCCACUGAGUCCCCUGAGGGCCGAGGCAAAAACUUCACGGUGUCCUGUGGUGGACCCUCGGGGUGUAUGCAGAAGCUAGAGGAGACUCCAGACAUACCUUUGGGGAACCUGGGAGAGGGUAGCUCAGAGGCAGAGCAGCUGUGCCACUGCGGAGGAGAAAGAGUUUUGCUAAAAGAGCUCAGGAUUCUCAAGGACAAAGUAGAGUAUCUGGAGGACCAGAAGUUACAAUAUGAAAAGAAGCUCAAGGCAACCAAGGCAGAGAUCAGCAACCUUCAGCAACUUCUCCUCACAAAGAAUGCAGAAAUUGAGAGCUUGCACACUCAGUUGCUGGCUAGACCUCCUCUGACAACAGAGAUCUCAGAGAGAGAUCAAGAACUCCAAAGGCUUCGCAGUGGAAUGAAAUCACUGGUUGCUACCAAUGAAGAAAAGGACAGACAGAUUGAAGAGCUCACUCUGCUCCUGAAUCAGUGCAGACAGUUCAGAGAUGUAACUCUCAUCUCAAGACAAGCUCCAUCUGCUGUCAGUUCAUUGUCAAAUGGUCGGACUGCUUCAAGUAGCAGUGAGGAAGGAGACCAGAUCCUGACCAAGACUGUUGACUCUACUAGUACAAAAUCUGAUGAUGUGAAGUCUGAGGUUUCAACAAAUAGUUCGUCUUCUCAGCAAGCAUCAAUCCAGACAGAUUGCGAUUCCAGAACGGAGCUACAGAUUUUAUCAAGUAGCUUGAAUGACAUAACAAACAGACAUUCACCCAAGUUUCUCCGUGGUGGUCUGGGUGAUGAUAGAAGUCGGACUUUGCCCAUGAAUUCUACUCUCCUGGAACAAAAUGAGACUGAUGAUACAGAUAUUCAGAGACAUAAAAAUCCAGUUGAAGAUGGAGACUCAUGCCAAAGAAAGUUGGAGAAAGCCCAUGACUGCACACCCAGUGAGAAUUCCCCUGCUCAUUGUGAGGCACAGCCUGGCCAGCGAGCUGUGGGAUCUCCUGAAUACAUGAAGAACAACAGGAGCUUCAAGAGAUUCUGGGGAAAGCUUCGAAGAACCCAGUCUGGCGGCUUCCAGCCUGCAGAUCCAGAUGCGGGUCAGUUCAGAAGAGGAGGCUUACGUGCAACAGCGGGGCCCAGACUUACCCGAACUCCUGAAUCUAACCCCACACGCGACCUGAAUAUUCCAUUCAGUCAAUGGACCAAGGAGCAGGUGUGUGGCUGGCUUGAGGACUACGGUCUUGGCCAAUACAUCAAUCUCACCAGACAGUGGGUUGAAAAUGGGCAGACGCUUUUGGCAGCCACACCUCAAGACUUUGAGAAGGAUAUGGGCAUGAAACAUCCCCUUCACAGGAAAAAGCUGCAACUUGCUUUGAGGGCCUUUACUUCAAAGGUUGCAGAGAAAUCGUCAGAGCUGGAUCACAUCUGGGUCACCCGCUGGCUGGAUGAUAUUGGAUUGCCUCAGUAUAAAGACCAAUUCCAUGAGGCCAGAGUAGAUGGCCGGAUGAUCCAGUAUCUCACAGUGAAUGACCUCUUGACUCUAAAGGUCACCAGUCAGCUUCACCAUCUCAGCAUUAAAUGUGCCAUUCAUGUUCUUCAUGCCAAUAAGUUCAACCCAAACUGUCUUCGACGCAGGCCAGGCGAAGAGAAACAUCCCUCUCCUUCAGAGGUGGUACAGUGGUCAAACCACUGUGUAAUGGAGUGGCUAAGAGCAGUUGAUCUUGCUGAGUAUGCUCCUAAUCUUCGGGGGAGUGGCGUUCAUGGUGGCCUGAUUAUCUUGGAGCCUCGCUUCAGUUCUGAGACUUUGGCGCUGCUUUUAAAUAUUCCUCCACAGAAGACUUUGCUCCGACGUCAUCUUGCUACUGCUUUUGCUGCCCUGGUUGGGCCUCAAGCCAUGCAGGAGAAACGAGAGUAUGGCAACGCCACAGGCCAUGUCCCGCUUACUACCACUGCUAAAGUUAAACCAAAGAAGCUGGGCUUCACCCAAUUCAGUCAUCUCAGAAAGAGGAAACCCGAUGAAUCUGCAGACUACAUUUGCCCAAUUGACAGUGAGGCACUAACAGUGAACGGAGUUUCCCGGGUGCUCACUCCAGCACACAGAGGCUUUAGCUCAACUUUGGACAGACAAGCUGAAAAGUGGCAACCAGCAGCUGUAAAAGCUCACAGUAAUGUGCCAGAUAAUAACUGAAUAAACAAGAAACUCAGUUUUAUCUUCCACUCAUUGACUUAAAAUUUGCUGAAAGAUUAUUAUGGCUUUUCACCAGGAUGUAUUUCUGUUGGGAUUUGCUGGAUGAGUUUGGAAGACUCUAUGAAUACAUACAAGUGUUUUAUUUACCAUUGUCUUUUUGAUCAGAUGUGAGAUUGAAAAUCUCAGUAUCUAAGAGUUAAAUGUAUCUAAUACGAUGUGAAUGGUAUUACAAAGGCUGCUCCCGGCAUUCCUUAUGAAGAUUGAUUCCAAAGCUUACCCCACUGCUUUAAAACUGUUUUGUUGACCAUUUUGUAUCUAAAUAUUUCUGUAUUUUUAAAAAAUGUAAAUUAGGAUUGUAUGUACAGCUUAAUUAUUGACAUGAAGUACUUCAAGGUUGUCUUUUUAUUUUUGGAAUUGUUAUUUUUUUCAUUUCAUUUAGUAUAUUACAUCUUGAAAUAAAGUUAUUGUGUAAAUAGUAUUCUGCUGAUUAGACAGUUAACCUAAUUAGAACUCAAAAUUGUCAUUCAUUAAUAUGCCUUAAUAAAUGGUAGGUUUCUAAUA